UGACGCUAUUGCUUUGCUACGCGCGUAUUGGGACCAACAAGUUACAAAGAUGUACCGCCUGGUGAUUUAAUGAUUUCUAUGUGACUCUAGGCUUCGCAAGCGGAUGCUGUUGCAACGCCAACGCCCUCAAACAGUCAAGAUGCGUACCGUGAACUCUUGAACAGAUCCUAUCCUUCUGCAUCACGGCAUUGUACCCGCCACAUCGCUUGCGAGAAUACGAUGAUGCACAUCCAUUUAGCGAGCCGCCCAGGUGGUUAUUUUCUCGAAACAUAUCGACUGCAUUAGCUCGCUUCAAUGUUUCAACGCUGUCUGCCAAUCACUGCCAACCACUGCCAGAAUUUUAGCCGCCGAGCUAUGCCGCCGGGCCUCUCAUUGGCCGAAUGGGAUUCUCAACCAGCCCAAUCACAAAGAAGCACAAUUUGACCUCACCGGAAGAUGGCGGAGCUUGCUGAUGCGUCUUAUCCCAAAAAGGCAGCGCGGCGCUAAGCUUAGUGGUUGUGAUUGGGCAAUGAUGGUCUUGCGGUCCUGCUGAUGCAACCCUCGUUGUGGCAAGCGGCGCGCCUCUCAAUACAGUACCAGACUGUAUGCCAGCAUGCAAGCGCCGAGCUUUUUGUCAUAAGUCACCUUUUGAACAAGGAUACAGUUGAACAGGCCUUUGGCGCCGCCCCCAAGCCGCUCCAUGCAACAGCUCCCACCAAACCGCGGGGCUGCCCUCCCUCUUAAGUGCUUCUCGCCCCAAUGAGAUCGCCGUUAUACCUUUUUCUCCUCUUCCCUAUUCGCUUCUUCUUUCCUUUUUAUCGACGCCUUUUAUUUUCCUUUUGUCUUUUCUAUUUCUUCGUUGCAGAUUCAUAGACGCCUCGCUGAGCGAGGCAGCCCAUCGUUUCAAUUUUCAAUCUACAACUAGGCGCUGGACGUCGACUUUUUCAAAUACUUUUACAACUUUGCAACUUAGCCGGCAGGAUUCCGACUACUUCGUACCAUCAUUACCAUAUAAAAAAGGGUUUCACUGCAAACAAAUAACCAUGGCGCAGACACAACGUCUCCCGCCAAGCAGCUUCACAUCGUCUGAGCCUUCGCUGGGCCGAAGGCGACGACAACUUAAUCCGAUUUUAGAGGAGGAAAGCGAUGACCCUCAUGGUCAACAAAUCGUACGAGGCGUGACUACAUCUCGCGGCAAUUCUUCGCAACUCAAGAUCGAAGCCUGGCUUUCACCUCUCAGCGACCACUUCCCGACUCCUCGCGGCAUCAACUUCUUGUCGGCUCCCAUUCUACCAUCGUCUCCUUCCGGCAGCUCUGCAGGAGACAGCUCGCCAACAACCUCGUCUAACCAGUGGAACCGAAUGAGUGUCGCUACCGACAACACCGAGUUUGAAGAUCUCUAUGAUGUUUCGGACCAUGAGGACGAUCGCCGUGACAGCCUCAAGCAGGUACCAUCCUCCAAAGCCAGUCACACACUCGCCAGAGACAAUGUCACCAAAGUUUCUAUGAAACUGAUUAUACCCAAUGGUAUGAAUGCUACCGCAGAAGGUUGGGCAGGGUUCGAUGGUAUCAAAAAGCUUGCCUCACCGGUCCCUCUUACACCCUCUGCACAAUUGCCCAUGUCGCCUGCACAACUCGAAUUCAUGGGCAAGCAGCAAUCUCAGGACGUACCAACCGCACCUCCAUCAUUGGAUGGAAGUUUGACAUCUGAGCAAUUGGCCACUAUAAGCGCACCACCAACGCCCGUUGUUGGUAAUGAGGACAAUACGACGGAAGAGGCUUGGGCUGGAGUUCAGCUCCAACCAGAUGCUCUGGCCACGCUUCAUGCACUGUCGUACGGCGAGGAUGAGACCCAAGAUCAAUCCCAGCAGGUUCUUGAGAUUGAUGCCCAUGAAGUUGCCCCCGUCCAAGAAAUGCAACAGGUUUCCGUUCCGAGGCUCGUCAACUCAAUGCCACCACAGGCCCCACGACUCUCUAUUCCGGUCCGACAAUCCAUGGCAGAGUUGGCUAAACUUGACAUUCCCUCCCCUGGCGGUUUCUUUUCAACAUUGACGCCGAGAACUCGCACCACCUGGCACCCUUCUACUCUAUCCCCAGAGCCUAUGGUCCCGCCAACUUCAACAACAGCGGAACACUUUUACCGACUACCAUGGCAAAGAGAUGAGUCUAUCCCACCUGUUCCUGCACUACCCCAUCGCCCAGACUCAGCAGAGAGCUUCUAUAGAACUGCUACAGUUGCGAGCGAUCCUAUUGAACAUGUUAUUGAGUAUAUUCCUGACGACAUGUCGGAUGAUAUGCCAACCGCUCGACCAGUGAUCAAAGAGGAACAGACUGCAUCCGCUCCCGUGGCUUCAGACGCCCCGUUAUCUCCUUCCAAAGAAGACGCUCCUACAGAGAUUGUUGUAGACUACGACCCCAACUACGCCAGAAAGCAGCAACAGGUUGCGCUCUCUCAUCUGGAUCGUACCGAGCUGUGGUUGGUCGCCCAGCGCUCAUAUCUCAACGGUAUCACUACCAAGGAUGAUGUAUCCAUCUUGAAGGUAUUCGAGAACAAGCCUGAAGAUGAGGUUGCCACUCCUGAGCCAUCAACCGAGGAUGCUUCGGAGACUGACAAGGCCAAGAAGGUCGUCCGAUUCUCUACUGUUGUCCAGGAGGAACCAAAGCGUCUGCCAUCCACUUUGUUUCGACAGGAGUCUGCCUACUAUCGUGCGUUCCAGGACUACAUCGUUCGUACUGAGCGAAUCGAUGUUUUUGUUCACCAGCUCCCCCGCUAUGAAGCCGUUCAAGCUCAAAGGGUCGGUCUUCGGGAAACUCAUCUCAACCAGCUUCUUGGCAAAUAUCAACUUAGUGUUGUCCCGCAAUCUAUCAAAAAGAGACUUAGUGCCAAUGUCGUCCGUGGUGACCAAGUCCUUACUGAUGAUCCCGAAAAGCUCCGAAGGGAAAAGGAAGUUGACGCCAUGAACCAGAUGAUCAUUCCCGCAUGGCACGUCGCGGCUCUCAAAUUCUUGAACGGAGGACGCCUCUUCACAGCCCCCAUUGUUCAACGUCUUUCGGGACCAUCUCGCCUGCUUCAAGGCCCCAAUGGUCUUGUUCGCGACAAGCGCCGAAUCCUAGACCUCGGUGGCCAGACUACUUGCGACUGGGCAUGGCACUGCGCGAUGCAAUUCCCGAACACCAAGGUCUACACUGUUACUACCAAGGCUAUCCGCCAACUGUCCAACUCCAACAUCCAUGGUCCUCCCAACCAUCGCCAGGUUGCUGUUCGCCGUCUUACGCGUCUGCCCUUUGCUGACAAUCAGUUUGACCUUAUCCAUGCUCGCGAGCUUCAUAGCAUUCUCAAGUACGUGGGUGAGAAUGGCGAGGAUGAAUGGGAGACCUGCCUCCAAGAAUGCAUGAGAGUAUUGAAGCCAGGCGGCUACUUGGAGUUCUCCAUUAUGGAUUCAGACAUCAUGAACGCCGGCCCUGUCGGCUUGGCAAAGAGCGUUGAGUUUGGAUUCUCUCUCAAGACUCUUGGAUAUGAUCCUAGCCCAUCUAAGAGAUGGAUUUCAAGACUUAACCGAUCUGGCUUUGAGAACAUCCGUCGCGCCUGGGUUUGUCUUCCCCUCGGUGCCAAGCCCAAGGGCAUGGCGCACAUGGCAGCUCAAACCAGUGGACAAGUCUGCGAGGGCGAUGCGAUGAUUGGCGGCACCGACAACAUUGCCAACGUUUGCAGCAUUGUUGGAGCAUGGAGCUGGGAGCGAUGGCUUCUCCGAUGCGAGAUGGAGAAGGUUGCUGGUGAGCUUCGCUUGGUUGACACUGUCACUGCUGGCGAGUCCAUCCGAACCGCAGCCAAGGCUUUGGAGGGUGUGCAUGCCGUUGUUGAGGAGGGAAGAAAUUGCAGAGCUGCUUAUCGUAUUCUCAAUGGCUACGCUAGAAAGCCAAGAUCUACUGCUGCCUCUGCUGGCGCUGUGUAAGAAAACUACUGUAGCAAUAGAGGAGUUGGUGGUAUGACAGUGUAGCUGCAUACGCAGUCAGCCACGGUUGCCGGCGAGCAAAACUAUGCGCGUACGAUUUAAUUCAAGCAAUUUCACAACUCAUUCCGUAUAAACUGGGUUAUCUAUUAUUUUAUUUUAACAAUAUGACUCUUUUUUGGG